AUGGCUUCGUCGUCGACAGCUACUCCGGAUACCUUAAUUACUCUCAAGGUUAACUUUGAUGGUACGACUCGUCGUUUUAAGUUGCCUCUUCGCGAGCUUGUGUUGAGCACGCUCGAAGACAAGCCUGUUACUAUUGAGGACGAGCCUGAAACAGAGUCUCGAGAAGUAGCUGAGCCCAUUGCCCGUAUUCCGUCGCCACCGCUAGAGUCUUCCGCCCCAGUUUCUACUGAGGCCUCUGUUGGAAUCUUAGACACUGUUCCCGUCUCCGACAUUCAUUCGAACCUACCCGACUUCGUUAAGCUAUGGCAGACACAUGGCAGACCCAGGAUCCAUUUAAAGCGGGAUGCUGAGGGCAAGGAGGUAGUUGACCUACUGAGCUCCACAUUUCCAGUCCCGGCCGAGCCUUUGAUAUCGCUAGAGUCGAGCGAGGAGGACGUACCUCGAUGUCCUUUCUCCCGGAAUGCAUCGAAGAUGACCCGCACUACUGACCUGACCUGGGAACCCCGCAAGAAAGAGGCUCCUACCCCCAAGGCUCCGGAAGCCGCGGAGGUUCUAUUCCCUACCGGCGUGAUAACUGCGCCUAUAUUCGAAGAUGAAGAGACGAAGACAAGCGAUACGCUGAUCACCCUUGGUGUCCCUAAGCGUCAAUUCACUGUUUGCUGCAAUAGCUGCGACCGAGCCGUUCCCGAUGCUCAUUUCCACUGUUCUACCUGCGAUGACGGUGACUUCGACCUCUGCCAGGAUUGUGUCAACCAGGGCAUUACCUGCUACAACGAAGGCCAUUGGCUCAUCAAGCGUUAUAUCAAAGAUGGACAGGUUAAUUACAGCACUACCCACAUUGCUCCCAAAACUUCCCGUUCCCAAACAAGCAAGGCUCCCGUGAUCCUUCCUAUUAGACCCGCUGAGAAUGCGAACUGGGCACCUUCACCGAGAGUUUGGGACACCACUUACAAUGACCGCACCUGCAACUGCUGUGUUCAGGAUUUCCCCGGAGAGGACUUCCUUCACACUGCACCACAUGCGACGAUUACGAUCUAUGGCACCGUCUUCGAUCAUGAUGUAUCGUCGCUCUUGUCUCCCGGCCGAAAUGCCUCCCACAAUGCUAUCUGUGAUGGCUGUGACAAAUAUGUCCGAGGCGUCCGACACAAGUGCCUAGACUGCCCUGAUUGGGACUACUGCUCGGAGUGUGUUAAAAAUGCCGAGUUCAUUCACCCCAACCACCGUUUUGUAACAAUCUACGAGCCCUUGACUGAUCGCGCAUUCCGCUCCAUGAUGCGUGGUACACACUACGGUAUCUGCUGUGAUGGACCGCUAUGCUCAGCAUCUCGUGUUCGUUCGAGAUACAUUGUCGGUGUACGGUAUAAGUGUGCUGUCUGCCACGAUACCGACUUCUGCGCCAACUGCGAGGCUAGCCCCUCCAACACGCACAACAAGACGCACCCAUUGAUCAAGUUUAAGACUCCAGUACGUCACGUCAGCGUUACCACUACCGGUGAGCACGAGGAUGGUCAGCGCCUCCCCACGAUGGGAGAUCGUGUUCGGCCUAUCUCUAUUAAUAGUGUGACCGCGGCUGCUUCAGCACACGAGAGCAUUGCUGCUACGCCUGUGCAGACCGUGGUCGACGUGCAACCUACCGAGCAGCAAUCACCUAAGGCAGAGGAGACGGACGAAGUCAAGAUCAAGAGCGAAGUAGUAGAACCUGAGGUAGCCGCCUCGAUCGAGAAGAAGCCAACCUCAGAGGAGCUAAUUGCUGUCUUCCUGCGGGACACCAUUGCCGACGGAACUGUUCUACCGCCGAACCACACUUUUGAACAGGUCUGGAUUGUUCGAAACGAAGGUACCGUUCCGUGGCCAGCCGGCUGCUCUGUCAAGUUCGUUGGCGGUGAUUACAUGGGUGCUGUCGACCCCGCACACCCUGCUGGUAUUCACGAACUGGUCUCAGCCUCGGAGUCAACUGUCUGCUACAACGCCCUUAAACCAGGCCAGGAAUUCCCUUUCACUGUCUUGAUGCGGACCCCAGACCGGGAAGGUAAGGUGAUCUCGUAUUGGCGAUUGACGACCCCAGAUGGCGUCAAGUUCGGUCACAAGCUGUGGUGCGACGUAACUGUCCAGGCACCCCGUGCCAAGGUUGCCCCAGUAGAGUCGCAAGAUGAACGUGAGGUUAUCACCAGCCCGGCACCAGCCUCUAAACUAGCUGAAAGCCAGAUGAUUAUCCCUAAAUUAGAGCACGAAUCGCCGGCUGCUAGCAUACAUGAGAAGGCUCAGUCGGAGAGCGAACUGGAGGCAGAAACGGCCACUCUCGCCCAGUCAGUACAGGAUUCGCAGGACUCACAGGAUGACGACUUUGAAGACUGCGGCGAGGAUGACGAAUGGGCCGAGUCUGAGGAUGGAUUUAUGACAGAUGAGGAGUAUGACAUCCUCGAUGCGUCGGAUGAGGAGUAUCUCUCAGAACAGCACAAGUCUGCGUCUAGGAAGUAA